AUGGCGAGCCUACUGAACGUGACGAAGGUGGCCGCGGGGUUGAAUGAGGGGUUGCGAUUGUCUCGACGGUCCUUUGAUGAGUUGCGUGAGCUUAUUAUCCGAUUAUAUCCACGAAGCAGUUGGGUGGAGUUGGGUCGUACUGUAGUGUUGGCACGAAUACAAGCGAGCCAAGUGAUGCCUUGGCCGGAUAGGCCUAAUGAGGGGAUGUUGAGCUUUUCGUGCCACUACGGUCGUUCUACGACCACCACAGUUGGUCAUCGGAGUCCCAAGGGAGAUCAUAUCGCGCAGGUCGUAGACAGCGUCAUCAAAGGCAGCAACGCCAUUGACAUGAACAGUCUGUGCAUUCUGAGCGGCCAGCGAGUGUGGAACCUAAAGGUCCACAUUCAUGUUGUGGUCGACGACGGCAAUGUAUUGGACGCAGCCUGUAUGAGCUGCAUGGCUGCGCUCUCCUCCUUCCGGUUUGUCGACGCCACGGCCGCCGGGGACCAUGCAGAGUCACUCGCCAAUGCAGACGACCCACUGCCCUUGCUCCACCACCCAUUGACUAUUUCAUUCGCCGUGGUACCGUACCAGAGCAAAAAGUUCGUCGUCGCAGACCCAGAUAAAGGAGAAGAAAGCGCAAGCGCCGCUAUAAUUACUAUUGGGUGUAAUCCCGCAGGGGACAUUUGCCUAGUCAAUAAAUGCGGGGGAACCUCGGUCACCCCGGAAACAAUAUCCCAGUAA